AUGUUGAAUCACUCUUUAAUAAAUCACAAUCAUUGUUCACCUGAAGCCAUCGCGACACCGACUGUAUUCGGUGCCGAGAUUCGCUCUUUAUCUGCUUCUUGGGUUCAAAAUUACACGCUGGAUGUGCCCUCUACAUUCAACUACAACCACGGUGAUGUUUCUCUCCACAAUGUCAACUUUUGCAACAUUACCGUUACCUACACCCACCCCGGCCACGAUGACCUGAUUACGGUUGAGACAUGGCUACCUCAGCAGUGGAACCAGCGACUACAGGCCACGGGAGGAGGGGGAUGGAAUGCGGGCCGAUUCGUGUUGUCCGAGUUCUUCAUGGCAGGGGCUAUCGGUGAAGGCUAUGCCGCCACAACGACCGACGCAGGACUCGGAUAUGCGUCGUCUCCCAACUCAUGGGCCCUCGAGAGCCCAGGAAAUGUGGACCUGUACGACGUCCAGAACCUGGGCUAUGUCUCCUUGAAUGACCAGGCGAUUAUCGGCAAAAGCCUGGUGCAGAGCUUUUAUCGACAGAAUGCCUCGUACUCUUACUGGAGUGGCUGUUCGCAAGGUGGGAGACAAGGGCUUAUGCUCGCACAGCGAUACCCUCAUGCGUAUGAUGGCAUCGCGGCGUCUGCGCCAGCCCUCGCCUUUACUGAGCUUGCGGCGACUGUGUAUUACCCCCUUCUGGUCAAGAGCUGGGCUGGGACGUCUGCUUCGCCUCUAGCCUGUGAGCUAGAAUUUAUUACGGAUGAAGCAGUCGCUGCUUGUGACUCUGUCGAUAGAAUUGUGGAUGGGAUAAUCUCAGAUCCCUCGGCAUGCAAUUUCGACGCACUUUCUGUCGUGGGCAAGACAUUCAAGUGUUCAUCCACUGGCAAGAUGAUGAACCUCACCAAACCCGCUGCCUUGGUAGCCAACGCGGCUUGGUCGGGCCCUCAAACAGCAGACGGUAUGUCUCUCUGGUAUGGCUUUAACCGCGGCGCCGACAUCAGUGCGUUUGGAGGAGCUCCAGGGGUAAACACCAGUACAUCGAGCGAUCUAUGGUUCCGAUUGUUCGUGGCAAAGGAUCCAGACUUCGAUUCCACAAAACUCGGCCCUCGCGAAUAUGAACGGUAUUUCCGUCGUGGUGUUCAAGAGUACGCUGGUCUCCUAAAUGCCGACUCUCCUGACCUUACGGAGUUCAAAAACGCAGGCGGGAAACUGAUCUCCUAUCAUGGCAUGGCUGAUGAAUCGAUUCCGACGAAAAGCUCCCAGCAUUAUUAUGACAGGGUCAGCGACGCCAUGUCUGACGCUGGUAGCUUCUAUCGCUAUUUUGAGUCUCCCGGAUUGGGUCAUUGCUCAGGGGGUAAAGGCGGACAACCAGUGACAAUCUUCAACUCCCUCCGUCGUUGGGUAGAAGAUGGUGUUGCACCCGACAUUUUGCCAGUGAACAUAACUGGUUCAGACGGGACUGAACACUCACGGUUCCUGUGUCCUUAUCCGACGAAGCCUUUCUAUCAGAAUGGUAAUGGCUCUCACACUGAGUCUUUCAAAUGUGUCGCCGCCAAUGGCACUGAGGCUGCACACUGA